AUGGGGAAAGGUCUCCAUGGGUAUACGCAGCCCCUUGCCACUGAGGCAGCCUACAGCUCUUCAGUGUCCAUUGUUAACUUUAGGGAUUAUUGGUCACCGGACAACGUGGACUUGGGCAUCAUGGCAGAGUUCUCAAAUGUCCACCUACCCUGGGAACACGUACUGGUCACCAAGAUCAGAGACAUGCUGGUCAAGGAGCAGAGCUUGGCACUAGACAUCAUCUGUCAUUUCCUAGAGAAGCACAGCCAGGACUGGGAGACGCAGAAGGUGUCAUCUACAGAAGCCCCCUUGCAGAAACUUCUGGAAUCCCUCAGCCUGGAUCCCCAGAGAGCUGCUGAAAAGGUCUUUCUCUUCUACCUCUACGGGCUAAUCCUUCGCGAGUGCGACAGCGUGGAGGAGGUGGAGCACCACCUGACCAGCCUCCUGAAGCUGUCUCACCAGAACGCCAGCCAGCGAGAGGGCAUGGCGCUUGCUGUCGGCCUGGCCUCUGUCAGACACUUGGAGAAAGUGUGGGACCAGAUGGAGCACCUGGGCCGCACCAAAUUCCUGCGGUCCAACCCUGUGGUGGACAACCAGGACGACGUCCUGAAGUCAAGCUUCCUCUCUGCGGUCAUCUUGCUUACCAGAUCGCUCAGGCAGGAGUAUGGUACCCAGAGUUACAAGUUCACUCAGACACCAGAGCUCAUCCAGUGCCUCCUGGGACUCCUCCAGAAGGAGCCCAAUGUCCUGACCACAUUCUUCCAGCAGAAGGUCAUAUUGGUCAUUGUGGGCCUGAGCAACCUGCGGCCCAGCCUCAAACCCUUGGUCAAGUCCCAGGUCCUGAAGAUUUGCCUACGCAGCGUGUGCAGCCUCCCGCCCACUGAGACCUUGCUGGAUGAUCUGCCUGCACCUGAGUCAGCCCCAAAUGCCACGGUGCUGUAUAAGAAGACAUUCCAUGCCCUCAUCCUGCUCCUCCAGAACUUCAUCUCGGAGAACCCGAGCACAGAUGAAAUAUGCUUCCUCUUGCAGCACACAGAGUACUGGCUGAAGUCUGACAAGAGCCACGAGCGCCAGCGGGCGGUGCAGUCCGUCUUCCUGCUGCUGCAGUAUGUGGUGGACUCCCUGAAGCUUCCUGAGGAGUCUGUGCCAUCCGUGCUGGGCCGCCACGUGGGUCUGCUGACGCUGCUGUGGUGUGACAAGGACGAGACCACCCGCCUGCACUCAUACCACUGCGUCUUACUCCUCUUGCAGAUAGUAGUGAAGCAAAAGGGGAAGGCAAUGGAGCCCAUGCACUGGAACAAGAUGAAGAUCUUUGAAGCCAGGAAGUCUUCAGAGUCUGUAGUGAAGCUCUCCUACGUGGUGAAGGCCUUCCGUGCCAACCUAUCGGUGGCCCAGCACACACAGCUGGUCCUCACACUGCUGGGCACCCUCAGCAGCCACAACCACCAAUAUUGCGACCUGGCCGCCAAGCUCCUUCUGAGGACUUUCCAGGCACUGAGCAUCAGGAAGGGACAGGUGGCCGAGAUCCUACAGGGUCUAUUCAAACAGCUGCCCCUGAUCCGCUUCGAAAAUGUUCGUCAGACCAUGCAGAAGGCUGUAGUGGUCCUGGGGACUCAACACAGUCAGGAGUUGGUUGAGGGGAUCUUGUUCCUGUGCCCUGCCUCAGACAGGUAAGUUGUCCUUUGGGCUCUGCUGCUGUGGAAAACUCUGGCCAUUGACUGCCAGCUGGCCCGAGAGGUGAUGAUUCUCCUCUACAUGAAGCUGAAGUUUCGGCCUCCCCGGGAGCUCAUCUGGUCCAGCUACCAGACCCAGCUCAUCUCCCUGAUGGCCCUGGACACCAUUUACGAGCUUCUCUACACCCCCGAGUACAGGAGCUCAGUCAGCUGGGCCUUCGCGGGGAUCCUCCUCGGCCUUCUCACACAGCUCCACUAUCUGUUUGAGCUGGGCCUGCUGGAGGGCAUCUCCGACUACCAGGAAGACAUUCUGGACUCUAAGCCUCUUGGCCCGUGCAGGACCUGCCUGGAAGCACUGAAGGGGCUGUUCUGGACCAGACACUACUGGGAGGUAUUUGCCUAUGUCAAGUUGCUCCAGGGCUGGGACCUCUUAGAGACUCUGGAGACCUACCCGAAGGGUGUGGCCCUCCUGGCCAGGGCCAUGGCUCACUACAACUGCGAAGUCAAGGCUGUGCUGGGGCAGGCGGUCAUCUCAAUGAAGAGCACUGAGGAGAGAGAGAACAUUACGGCCAUCUUCAUCAUCGUAGAGUUUCUCAACAGCCCGGACAUCUCCAAGUAUGUGUCUCGGAAGACCAUCUUAAACUCCCUGAGCCUGGGCCUGCGCAGCACUAACCAGCUGGUGCGGGCCAUGAGCCUGAAGGGCCUAAGCAGCCCCCUGAUAAACCCUAAGAAGGUGUACCUGCUUCGAAAUCAGCUGUUGGAGCUCCUUGACAGCUUUCUGAAGCCUGAGCCGUCGCAGGAUCUUGUGGGUCUGAUGGAGAUCCUCGGCGACCUCCUGCACUACCUGAGGGUCAAGAAGUUGGGCCUUGUCCAUCUCAAGAUUGCCCAGCACCUGCUGAGCCUGUUCAAGGACGAGAGGGCGGAGGUGCGCGGAGGCGCCAUCUUCCUGUUUGCGGAUGUCAUCCACGGUGGCGGAAAGAAGUUGGGACAGGAGCUCAAGACCGUGGCAUCCAACGCUGUGGUGCCCCUGUUCUUCCACAUGGCUGACCCCUGCCCUGAGGUGGUCACGAAGGCCAAAUUUGCCUUCCUGCGCUGUGCCAUCUUGCUGAAGUGGGAGUUCCGGAAGGAGCUGUUUGGCAAGCUAGCGUGGGGCCAUGGACUGGGUGCUGAGAAUGACGUUUUUAUCUACACGGUAGAGAGCAGUUUUGGUAACUACCAGCAAUUUCUCAAGGAGGCCCUGACCUACCUGGACAGCCCUCACAAGACUCUGAAGCUAGCAGCCAUGAAGUUCAUCGGGGGCCUGCUUCAGGACUGCUUCGGUGACCUGUGCUUCUACCUGAAGAAAAGCGACGUAAAGUUCCUCAAGAACCGCUUGGAGACCCUUGGCCAGGAGCAGGACCCCACGAGCCGCGGGUUCUACCUGAACCACUGGGACGACGUCACAGAGCUGUACAAGUACAUGACCUGAGUGGCAGGGCUCAGCCUGUCCACCCCACCGUCCUUGUCCCCAACCCUUUUUGUCCUUGUCAAGACCUUUCUUUAUUAAAUGGCCAUGGAGUAUGCUGUGGCCUCUCAUGUUCUGUCUACCCCACGUCUUCCCUGUGCGUGUGCAAAGGGCCCAGCAAGCUCUCCCUUUCACCCCAACCCCAGAAGCCAUGGCAUGGUCUCCAAGCAGCCCGUGUGCCCAUUUGGUUUAGGAUGCCCACCUCCUUGCCCAGCCCACCCAUUUUUCAACCAACAUCUACCUUGCCACCUGUGUAGGAUGUGUGGAUGGAACAUAGGCUGAGGACUUCUG